AUGGUCUUUGGCGUUAAAACCAUCUUUAAAAAUCAAAGGCCUUCAAACGCAACCUCUACAACAUACGUUGAUGAAGAGGCUUACAUGACAGACACAGAGUCAGAGUCUGCUUACACGGCCGAGGUCAUCGAUACCCCUACUACGCAAUCGGACGUGAAAAUUGAGCUCGAGGGUGAAAAUAGAGAUACCUUUAUAUUAGUACCAGGACUAUUGGGAUAUGAUACUCUGUCGCUGAACUUAUUCGGAAACAAGUGGGUGCUGUCAGAUUAUUGGAGUGGUUCUAGGGAGAUGUUUGAGGAUUACAUCGUUGUUAGGCCAAGUGCUUUCGGAUCCCUACAUGACAGGGCUGUAGAUAUUUUUUAUCAACUAAAGGGCGGCCGCGUGGAUUAUGGGCAUCAACAUUCCGAACAAUUUUCCCACAACCGAUAUGGGAAAACGUAUGGGGAGGGUCUCUUUCCAGAAUGGAGUGAAGACAACCCGAUUGUUUUGGUUGGUAAAGGAUAUGGCGCUACCACAGCUUUGUACCUCCAGCAUCUUCUCUCCUCGAACUUCUUUCCAGUUCCUACUUCAGGCAAAUGGAUCAAAGGCAUAAUUUCGUACUCUGCUCCACAUCGCGGUUCUACUCUCCCAUAUGCUCUAGGCCUCGAACCUGGUUCAACGUGUAUCGUCCAUCCACUCUCUAUUCUCCAGGUCUUUGUUACAAUCAUCCAUCUUAUCUGCUACUUUACCUUCCUCGAUCGUCUAUUUGAUCUGCAACUCAACGACAAAUGGGGAGUAGAUGGUAGGGACAACGGAGAAGCGAGCUUCUGGUCGGCAUUAAAUGGAAGAAGUAAAUGGAGUUACUUUGGCGAUAAUUUCCUUGGAGAUUGGUCCGUCGAAGGGGCUAGACGCAGAUUUACCGGAGAGAAGGACAGAUUUCUGUUGGAUCCUGCGUGUGUUUAUAUCAAUUACGUGAAUGUUGGAAGUAUGUGGAAAUCGAAUGUGACUGGGCAUUACUGGCCUCGCUUGCCUUGGCGCAAUCUUCCAAGUUUGCUGCCAUCUCUCAUUGUCGGUCGCCUAAAAUUCUCUCCCGAAGUCGAGCAAUCAAUACUUCGCACACGAUCAUCCACAUAUUGGGAAAACGACGGUACUCUCUCUAUCGUCUCUCAACUCCCUCCUCCGAAUCACCCCGUCAACAUGAAUAUUGCCCUCCUUGAGAAACUUUUCGAUCCUGUUGACCAUGAACUUCAACCCGGUGCGUGGUAUAACGUUUAUGUCAAGGAUGUCACCAAUACUGUUCUAUUCGACGGUGAAUCUGCGUGGAUGAGUCUGCCGAUUGUUAUCGCGAUUCUGGAGUGGAAGAUUGUUCUACAGUUUGGAGAGUAUUUCGAAAGGAACAGUAAGAUGUACGAUAAUUAUUACGUUGAAUUUGUUGAAUUUAUGGAGAAGAAUAUCAACUCGAUAAGAUCGAUAUUGGGUCAGGAGGUAAAUGAAGAGGCUUCGAAUAACAAUUCCUCUUCGACCAAGGAAUGCACUUACACUAGCGAUAAAGCUGCACUGGAAUGGAUGCGUCGUAUUGAGACUGCUGAAAUGUUCAAGUCUCCCAGCAGGUUGCUUUAUUGGAUGAACAAUUUCCAGAAAACCCACAAUGACGAAUCGUCUUCUGAUGCCAUAAAAGCUGAUCUAACCGGAAUCAGUCCCUUUGGUCCGUCCUCGGUAAUGGAAGGCCCAAUGUUUGUUAGAGCUAGGCAGAGGAUGACCGCUGAGCAAUAUAAAGCUUCGAUUUUGAGUGGAGACAGUGAAGAUGCUACCAGUAGCAGUAGUUCACCCUAA